CAAACUCGGUGGCGCUCUGCAUUGUGGGAAGGCCGCUCAUGCCACGUUGAUGUCAUCGUCUGGGCACAAAUCCAUCAUAAAUUGUCCGAUUUUUACCUUAAAGAUUUUCAGAUCGUGAAAGAGUUAAUAGAUUUUGGAACCAUCACACUUUCUGGUGGCGGUGGUUUUGGUCGACUCGAUUGAUUUGUGGCGUUAGUGUGUUUUUGAAAGCAGAGUCGUCAUCAUGAAGGUGAAGGAAAUCAGUCGGACGGCCAACAUAGCGUGGAGUCCAGCGGAGCAGUACCCUGUCUACGUCGCUGCGGGUACGGCAGCCCAACAGCUGGAUGCUACGUUCAGUACCAGCGCAGCGUUGGAGAUCUACGCCCUGGACCUGACCGAUCCGUCAGUGGACAUGCAACUGAAGUCCACGCUCAAUACCGAACACAGAUUUCACAAGGUGGUGUGGGGAAAGUACGGCAUGAGCAACAACACCAGGCAGAACGGAGUGAUAGUAGGCGGGACAGACAACGGCGUGAUUCACAUCUACGAUGCAGCUAAGCUGCUUGAGAAUGCAGAGGCCUCGAUAACACAGAUAGAGAAGCACACGGGCGCAGUGAAAGCCUUGGACUUUAACCCCUUUCAACCCAACCUGCUGGCGUCGGGAGCCAGCGAAUCCGAGAUCUACAUCUGGGAUCUGAACAACCUAGCCACCCCCAUGACCCCCGGAGCAAAAUCGGUGCCGACAGACGAGAUCAGCUGCGUCGCAUGGAACCGGCAGGUCCAGCACAUCCUGGCAUCCACCAACCCAGGAGGGCGCUGUGUGGUUUGGGACCUGCGUAAGAACGAGCCUAUCAUCAAAGUCACAGACCACAGUGCAAGGAUUCAGUGCAAGGCGGUAGCCUGGCACCCAGAGGUUGCGACACAGAUGGCCUUGGCCUCCGAAGACGACCAUUCACCAGUGGUCCAGAUCUGGGAUCUCAGGUUUGCAACGUCGCCACUCAAAGUCCUAGAAAAUCACCAAAGGGGAGUACUCUCCAUAGCCUGGUGCCCCCAGGACCCUGAUCUCUUACUCAGCUGUGCCAAAGACAACCGCAUCCUCUGCUGGAACCCCAACAGCUCAGUCCAGGGCGGGGAGGUGGUCUACGAGUUGCCCACCUCAUCGCAGUGGAGUUUCGACGUCCAGUGGUGUCCGCGCAACCCGGCCGUUAUCGCCAGCUCUUCCUUUGACGGCCGCGUGACCUUCUACUCCCUGAUGGGCGGUCAGAAAGGCGACGAGCAGUUACAGCAACGACAAGCAGACAAGAUUGCGUCUUCUUUCCCAGGAACUGCCGGUUUCAACCAGCAGCUUCAGCAGCAGACGCAGCCCACAACUGAGCCCAUUUUCCUCAAGAAACCACCCAAGUGGCUGCGUAGACCAGUGGGGGCAACCUUUGGGUUUGGCGGGAAACUGGUGUCCUUCCAGUCCUCCAAGCAGCAGCCUUCCAAUCAGGUCUGCAUCAGCCAGGUCGUCACGGAAACGGAGCUGGUCAACCGCUCCAACGCUCUGGAGGAGGCACUGGCCAAGGGGAACUUCCUGGAGUUCUGCAGCGCCAAGAUCACGCAGACCAAGGACGAGAUGGAGUCACAGAUCUGGAAAUUCCUCAAGGUCAAUUUUGAGAAGGACCCUAGGCCGCAUUUCGUGUCCCUCCUCGGCUUUGACUCCAACGAGCUUCUACGCAAGGUUGCAGUAGCGACCAGCGCCCCCAGCGCCGGACUGACCAACGGCAUGCCCGGCGCCGUGAACGCCGAGGAACUGGCCGAGCGGAUGCAGAACCUGGACGGAGGGUUGUCAGGGUCGGAGGCUACGCUUGGAAGCGGCACGGGGUCGCCUGCUGUGGGGUCAAAGACUCCAAGCGAUACGCUAGGAGAUUCUGACGGUGCAGCAGCCUUCGAUGCGAUAGCAGCCGGCGGACCAGUGGAGGUGGAAAACCAACCUGACACAGAUACUAGAUCAGCUUCACCAUUUACCAUCUCCAAAAAGGAUGACAUUGAUGGCCUAAUCAGCCAAGCGGUCCUGACAGGAAACUUUGAGGCUGCGGUCGAGAUGUGUCUCCACAACGACCGGCUUGCCGACGCCAUCCUGUUGGCCAUCGCUGGCGGGCCCGAACUCCUCAGCAAAACGCAGCGCAGGUACUUCAAGAAAGUCAAGUGCAACAUAUCAAGGCUGAUAUCGUCAGUAGUGACCAAGGAUCUCACCGACAUCGUGGAAUGCUGCGAUCUCAACAACUGGAAGGAGACGCUAACGGCCCUGCUGACGUACGCAUCGGCUAGUCAGUUCACAACUUUAUGCGAUGCCUUAGCCGGUCGGCUCGAGUCGGAGGAAUCCAGCGAUCUGUCGGCUGAAGCCUGCCUGUGUUACAUCUGCUCAGGCAACGUGGAUAAACUGGUAGCCUGCUGGGCCAAGAUGACGCACACUGCAAACACCCCGCUACAACUGCAGGACCUUGUCGAGAAGGUGAUGAUCCUGCGCAAGGCCCUGCAGCUCAAGACGGGCAACGGCACCGAAAUCACCUCCCCGGUCCUCGCCGAGAAGCUGACCAGCUACGCCCAGCUCCUGGCGGCCCAGGGCAACCUGGCCUCGGCCACCAGCUACCUGGGGGACUCCGCCCAGCCCAAGAUACAGGAGCUCCGGGAUCGGUUGUACCGGGCCCAGGGAGUGGCCGCCGUGGCCGGGUCGCAGAGGAGCGCCGCCGUGGGUGUGGCACCCACGAGGCAAUCGGCGGCGACGCAGCAGGCUGGGAAGUCUCCAUUCAGCAGGGGCAAUGUCGUGGACCCGUUCAAAACCACAACCGUAUCCAGCAGCCAGUACUACACUUCCCAAGUCAGCGCCACGGCCCAGUCGUCCAAUUACGGCUACGGACAGCCAGCCCAACAGCAACGGCAACCGCAGCAAGUGCCAACUCAACCAGCGGCGGCAGGGGACGCCCAGACCGCACGGCAGCGCCAGCCCAGCGGCGACCUGCACGCCAACGUGAGCGGCCCCAGGCAGUACCCGCACUACCAGCAGGCCAGCAUGCAGCAGUAUUACCACCAUGAGCCCACACAGGAACAACUGCAGCAGGAUCAGCGGCACGCGCACCCCAACCCCAGCAUGUACAACCCGGCCGACUACAUGAAACAAACCGGACCGACGUCCACACCAUCUGUACCCCAGCAGAGGACACCGGGUUUGGCUGGUUACCCGCAGCGACAGCAGCCAGCGUCAUCCGCACCGACUGCAGGAUACCAGUCAAGCACCCCGGCGGCCAUGAAGCCUAAGGCGGUCGUAGGAGCCUGGAAUGACCCUCCUCUCAUUAGACCAAAGGAGCAGCCAAAAUUUGCCGCCCCCGAGCCCAUCAUGGCGCCGAUUGUGGGCGGGGUCCAGGACCCGACCCCGCCCCACUCGCCGGCCGCGAUCGCUGGAGAGGGCGUGUACAACCCCGCCCAGGUCCCGCCCCAGCAGGUAUACAGUCAGGGCAUGUAUAACAGCCAGCCAUUGCCGAGUGGUUCCCAUAAUGCACAGCUACCACCACCCUCUUCCUCACAAUACGCUACCCGUAACGCCAAGGCUGCCGAGCCUGAGGUGCCCAAAGGCCCGAUACCGGCAGAGCACCAGGAUUUAGCCGACACCUACGAGGGUCUCGCUAGGCGGUGCAGGGAAGCCGGCGGGAAUCACCCGCAAAUCAAGAGAAAGCUAGAAGACGUGAGCAAGAAACUGAACAUUCUCUACGACAAACUGCGCGAUGGAACGCUACCUCCAAUGAUCUUGGCCGGCCUCCACGAAAUAGCCACCGGCAUCAGUGGCUACGACUACCAGACUGGGCUGUCCGUCCACAAGCGACUGGUAUCCAGCGUGUACUUCUCAGAGAUCAGCUCCUUCAUGCCCGGACUCAAGGUCCUCUUACAAGUCUCCCAGCAGCUCCGAGUAUGAUGACUCGUCUGUGGCUUGUGAUUGGCCAGUGUAUCGACCAAUCAGGGCACUUUAUCACUUUACAACUUGUGUUGGCCUCCAGUUAUGGUGGACGCAUUGUGCCAGCUUAUUGAGCAGAGUAAGCAGUUGCUUUGUACAAUAACUGGCAAAGUGCUGUAACCAUUACUGAGGCCUCCGUGGCUUGUGAUUGGACAGGGUAUAGACCAAUCAGUCUAUAUCAUGUGAUUAGGUUUUAAAUCCUUUAUGCAAGUCACAUGAUGCAAGUCACAUGACUUUGUUAAAGUUUUUGUAAACGGAGUUUCCACUCUUGGUUCAAAUUCGGAAACUUGCCCACUUCUAUUAAUUUUUUUGUCAAAACGUUUAUUUGAUCGGAAAUGGUAGGUCAUAUGAUUAACUGGCGUUUUUAAGUUGGUGUAAAAUUCAUUCAUACAUUCCUCAUGAAUCUGAUUGGUUGUAAGAGACCAUGUGAUUCAGCCUUUGCAGUUUGAUUGGUGGAUUUUUUUCAUUGGAGUAAAUAACAGUGGGAGUUUGUCGAAGUCCUGUUUUCCAGAAAUGUCCGUCAUAAUGGAACAAAAUAUUUUGUUGCUUGUCUGUUUUGAUUCUGUAUUUUGUUUAAUUUUAUUUCUUCCAUUCUAUACGAGCUUUGGCAAUGCUAUGGUGGUCUUGGGGAAAUAAGCAGUGUUGGGGGGGGGGGGGCUUUUGGAAAACACAAAUGUCUCAGAAAAAGGACCAACAUAUGGUAUAUUUAAAGCUUUGCUCUGUUGAAGGUGCUAUGAUAACAGCCUCAUAUUUUGGUGGGAGACUUUCAGGAACGACACUGCCGCAAACCGAAUAGAUGUCUAGAUGAAAGGAGUGAAGCAAAACGAUUUUAAGGACAAACAAUAUUUGAAAACUAGUAGAACUUUGAACAAAAGAACAAAAAUGACUUAGGGGUUAUAUUGAUUCUUGAAGACAAAUUGUUUAUGCAAGGGAGAAUCGAGAUUAUUUUUAUUAAAUGUGCAUCUGUUCUGUGUCGCUUGUGCAUGUCUUGUAGCUUGUAGUACCUCCAUGUGCUUAAUGUGUAACGUUUUGAUUUACAUAAGUUUAUUUUUAAUAAUUGUCAUUUUUCCUUGCCAAAAGUCUGGUCAAGAAAAGUCAGGGAGGUUUUUCUUGAGGGUUGGGGGGGGGGGAGUUAAAAGAUUAUGGCCAGUCUUCGGCAAUAUUUUUUACUCCGGUAUGUAGUCAUCAAAGUAGAACUUUAUUUCAAGUGAAUUUUCUGCAAUGCUUGUGCUCUUUAAUGAUCCAGAAUUGGCCAUCUCGACAAUCCUCUGCUUUUUAUGGAGGAAAAAGCAACAAAACAGAAUCCACGACUGAUCUCGUUUGGAGGAAGUAAUCACGUGGCAUUUAUUAUUUAAUUAAUGUUGGCAGACUGGGGGAAAGGGUUCAGGAGUCUCAAACAUCGAAAAAAAAAAAAAAACAACUUCAUAUAUCUGUAAUCAUAUAAAAUGUAAAUAAUUGUACAAAGGCAUACAAAAAGGACCUUUAUCUCUACAUUUGUAGGGGAAAAAAUUUAAAUGAUAUUCAGAGUAGUAGGACUUAGGUGAACAUGGCUAUCGUGCAGGUUUUCCUGCAAUUUUUCUUAUUAUAUGAUCAAUUUGGUAUUACUUCAUAUUAAGAUAAAUAAACUUCAUUGUCC